GUAUAAAAUACCACUGUGCACAAUGAUUUUUAAAUAUCUAAAUAUAUUGGAGUCUUAUUAAUUUCUCUGAAAUCAUAUGGAUGCUUUGCAAACACACCAAAAUAAGAAAAAGCUCACCACAUCCAUGCUUAACUUCUGAUAUGGUCAAAUAAAACAUGAGCACAUUGAUUUUUAUUGAUAAUUUAAAUUUUCUGAAAUCGUAUAAAACCCAUAUAUAAUAAUACAGAAAUUCAAGAAUCACACAUAUUGACCAACAAAUUAAAAUUCCAAAGUAAAUAAAUGAAACCACAGGCUGUCUUUUUCAGAUUGUCACAUUGGGGGAAUCAAAUUGCAUUCGCUGACAAUAAUGGAUACAAAUUAAAUAAAAAUAAUGAAGUUAUAAAACAACAGAAUAAAACGAGAGUCACAAAUCAUGUAGAUUUAAGCAAAGCUCCUCCUCCUGUCAGUCACUCUCAGUUUCAGUGUUGUGUUAAAUUGCUCCUCCAGCUCCUCCUCUCCUCAUCCUCCAAACCCUCUAAUCUGUCAGCAGUAAGCUCACUUUCCAAGUUCCAAGGCCAUUCUCAGCACACACUGACAACAUGCUGGGGACCCUCUGCACUCUCAUCACUGCUCUAACAUGUGUGAGUGGUGUGACAGUGGUGACACAGAAGCCUCCUAUUGUGACAGUGAGGAAAGGAGAGACAGUCACCAUGGACUGUAACCUGGGGACUGUUACUCGCAGUGCUGCUCGCUGGUAUAAACAGAUUCCAGGAGGAGUUCCUCAGUUUGUACUGGUGUACUAUCAUGGCUGGUGGUCUGUAACUUAUGGCACUGGUUUCUCCUCUUCGAAACACACAUCUAAUUAUAAGGACGAAUCAAGUUAUCACAUGAUCAUCAGCAAUGUGGAGGAGGGAGACUCGGCAGUUUAUUACUGUAGCACAUGGGAUGGCUCUGUUAAUCAGUGGGUAUUCGGACAAGGCACCAAGCUGAUUGUGACAGGCUCCAGCCUCUCUCCUCCUGUCCUGACAGUCUUCCCUCCGUCCAGUGCUGAGCUCCAGUCCAACAAAGCCUCUCUGGUCUGUCUGUCCAGUCAGUCUGUGCCUUUUGCAGAAGUUAGCUGGUACGGUGACGGGUGUCCAGUGAGCAGUGGGAUCUCUACCAGCACCGCUGUUCAGCAACCAGACCACACUUUCCAAAUCAGCAGCUACUUGUCCAUUAAAUCCUCACAAUGGCUCAUGGACAAAGUUUUCACAUGUAAAGUGUCUUUGGGUUCCCAGAGCUCAGAGAAGAACAUAACAAUGUCUGACUGCAAUAUUAAAUAGAAGGUGGCUAGAUUCAUCUGCAUCUUUUCUGCUCGUGCUGUUUUAGAACAUUCUUAUUUUUAAAAAUGUUGUCAUUCGCGUCUCAGUGAAUAUUUCUCACAGUUAACCCACUUAGUUUUAGCUUUGCUCAAUUUUGUGUGGAUUGUUUUAAUAAAGGCAUUUUGUUUAAAAGAGAAA